UGAGCUCUAGGUUCGGCUCAGGUAUUGCUGCAAUCUUGAACGUUGGUGACUGAUGAGUGCAGUGUCGUGGACACGGUUGGCUCUUUCUUUCACGUAUAUAUUUCCAGUUUUACUCAGUGCUUUUAAGGAACAUACUCUCCAGAGGUGAAGCGCUACACGUUACAAAAUGUCUGUGGCCGGGCUGAAGAAACAGUUCCACAAAGCCAGUCAGCUAUUCAGUGAAAAGAUCAGUGGGGCAGAGGGUACAAAGCUGGAUGAAGACUUCAUGGAAAUGGAGAGGAAAAUUGAGGUGACCAACAAGUCAGUGUUUGACCUCUUGUCCAAAACAACAGAGUACCUCCAGCCUAAUCCAGCCUCUCGAGCCAAACUAAACAUGAUGAAUACAGUGUCAAAGAUCCGAGGGCAGGUGAAGACCACUGGCUACCCUCAGACUGAAGGCCUGCUGGGAGACUGCAUGCUGCGCUACGGUCAUGAACUGGGAGAGGACUCUGUCUUUGGCUGUGCUCUGGUGGAUAUGGGUGAGGCCAUGAGGCAGAUGGCAGAUGUGAAGGACUCCCUGGACAUAAAUGUCAAACAAAACUUUAUUGACCCCCUGCAGAAUCUACAGGACAAGGACCUCAAAGAGAUCACGCACCACUUGAAGAAGCUGGAGGGUCGCCGGUUAGACUUUGACUAUAAGAAGAAGCGUCAGGGGAAAAUCCCAGAUGAGGAGAUCCAGCAGGCUGUGGAGAAGUUUGAGGAGAGCAAAGAGCUGGCUGAGAGGAGCAUGUUCAACUUCCUGGAGAAUGAUGUGGAGCAGGUAAGCCAGCUGUCAGCACUGAUUGAGGCGGCCUUAGAGUACCACCGACAGUCAUGUGAAAUCCUGGAGGAGCUUAGCGCAACACUGCAGAGGAGAAUAUCGACAGCCAGCGGGCGGCCGAAAAGGGAGUUCAAACCAAAGUCCAUCAGGAGCAGCACCGAAUCUCUGGACAACAGCCAGCACAACGGGUUGUCCUGCAGCACCUCACUCAAAUCUACUGAUAUCCAGCUCAACCACACAGUCAAUGGGAAAACUGAUCAUAUAACCUCUGUACCACUGUCAUGGCCUGACAGCCCCACUACCAAUGGCAGUCUUCACCAGUCGGAGGUGUUGGACCAGCCGUGCUGUCGAUCCCUCUAUGACUUCGAGCCAGAGAAUGAGGGUGAGCUGGGCUUCAAAGAGGGCGAUAUCAUCAUCCUCACCAACCAGAUAGACGAGAACUGGUAUGAAGGCAUGAUCAAUGGCGAAUCCGGCUUCUUCCCGAUCAACUAUGUAGAGGUCAUUGUCCCCCUGCCUCAGUGAAGACCGGCACCCCAAGUCCUCCAGAGACUCCCUCCUGCCUCAUCACACUCAACUUCUGUCCUCAGCUCAACUUGGGCCUGAAAAUAUACGAGGCCAGAACAGCCUGAAGCUGAAAAAAAAAAAUUCUGUCUCCUGAUUUUCAAACUGAGCCAGAUAUGUAGUAAGUAUAUCCCAAGCCAACUUAAGAUCAGAUUUCGCUGAUUUUUUUCUGUUGAUAUUUAUGAACCUGAAACAAACUGAUACACAAGCCAUUAAGAACAACACUCUGCCUGGUUGGAUCCUUUGUGUGCUUUGGGUCUGAGCAAGGUGAAAAUGUCAAGCAGCUAUCAAACUCUGCGAUCCAUCCUGUCAGUCUCUCAAAUGAAGCUGUUCCCUAUUUCUCCUGAUAGAAGUUUAUCUCAUUGAGCUUUCUGCCUGCAUUUGCCCCCUCAUCAUAAACUGAAGCUCCUUACCUUUACUCAAAGUUCACCAGUGGACAUUAUGACUGCAUUGUUAGAUCAUUACAAUCAAAUGUUGUGCUUUUAUUGGCAUUAUAGUCACAUUAGGAACAUUAUAUAAAUUUCAGGAUAUUUUAAUCCCAUUAAAUUGCCCUAUAGCUACGCCCAAAAAUGUUAGAGGGUUUGUGUUUGCAUCACGAAUCAUAGUGAUGGCUUGACCUCACCCAUCAGGCUGAUAUACAUAGAAGAAGCAAAGAAGCAAACAUAAUGCAAGUACAAAUUUAGUCAAAUGAAUCAGGGGUUAAAUGAUCAGCUUGAUGUCUAAAGGGCUGGUUCACCCAAGUUACCCCUAUCUUCUAGCCAUGCAGAUAGACUAGGUUUAAUUAAUCCAAGUCUUGAGAUAUUUCUCUCUGAGGUUUCAGCCCCCUCCCAAAUACAAUAGCGGAAAAUGGAAUUACAUUUGUGGUGCUCACAGCUUUGAACAAAGACAAUUAAGAGAAAAACAAAAAAUCAAGAGGUGACAAAGAAAAUAGGAUUUGCUUUAAAUUUGGGUGAACCAGGCCCUUCAAAAAAAGACAAGACUUGGUGAGUUGAAGGCCAGCCUGUACGUUUAAAAAACAAAACAAAAAAAAACGCUCAUCCACUGCUGCCCAAGGAGACCCCCAUAUGGCCACCAGGGUUCCGUAUUCUAUUGAUUUUGUGUUUUUGUCAUUUUAAAAGCAUUUUAUGUUCUGUGUCAUCAUCCGAACAUAAUCCUAAUUUCUCUAAGUGUUUAUGAUGUCUUCUGAGAUCUUGCCAGAGUUCAAGGAUAAUUCCUAUCCAUUACAACUUUGUUCAUGUUUUUGUAGUUUUGCCAUCAUGUGACUAACUAACUUCUACUCAUUAAGUUAGUUGCUGAGAUCAGGAAUAUGGUGACAAUGCUUAAAAGAAGUCAAGUGUGUCGACAAAAAAAGCAGUCAAACAAUUAGAGAGGUUUUAAAGCUGCACUAAUCAAAUUUUUCUACUGACAAUUCGUCAAAUGACUACUUUUAUCUUAUCUUGCUGUUGCUUGUAGGGAUGAACCCACAGAGAAUAAUCACCAAUUAUCUGCAGUUCCCCUCAGCUCUUUAAAGUGCUAUACUAUAUUACAACUCAUUGUUUUGGUUUUACAGCCUGCAACAUUACUAUUUUGGUUGAGUCUCACAGCUCUAUUCAACAUGUUUCCAGCAGCAGCAGGCAGUUGUUCUUAGUGAAAAGGUUCAGCAGCAAACACCUGCUCAGCAGCAAAUAGCAGACAGACACAGUUAGACAUUAGCUAGUGAACACAGUGGAGCAUUUAGCAGCUAAAGAGACAGAUAUUUCCCUCAGGAGUUGGUAGAUAGCAAAAGCAGAGCUAAAAGAGAGUAAAUAUCAAGUUGCCAGAGGCGUGACUUCAAAUUAAUGCAAGGACUUUUCUCAGUUUCUGCUAGAUGUGUAAAUAGGCAACUGUUCGUUAACACUUUAAUUAACACAAUUAAUGUUGCUUCAAACAAACUCCUGAGUUAGCCAAACAUAUUUAAAGCGAAAUUUGAAAUUAUUACCCAAACUGUCAAUUGUAAACAUCCAUCAAAGUUUACAGAAAGGCUUCUUUAACUUUGACCUACCUUACGUGCCAAAGCCGUGCGCACAGUUUUCCUAUGCAAUUUCAGGUGUGCAAACUUUCAGUUUUACCUGUAAUAAUCUGGAUAACCUGUCGGCUCAUUUACAGCCUGUCUGAUCAUCUGACAUCUGUUUCUUGACCUUGGACUUUAACUUUGUCACGUUCUCAGAUCUCAGCAAUUGCUUUGGUGACUACAAUGUUUCAUGGCAAUUUAAAUUAUAUAAAAGACCAAAAAUAUAAAAACAACACCUAUGUUGUACUAAACCAGAAUUAUCCUUUAAAAUGUGAAAUUAAACAUUUGAUUGAUGUUGGCUUUAGCUCUAUUGCUCUUCCUUUCUACACAAACACUCCAUUGCUAUUUAUUUACAAGGCACAGCCCUCUGUGAUUUAGGUGAUCGCACUUAACUCACAGAGUUAACUGAGUUAGGUGAUCGCACAUAACUCACAGGGUUAAUGUCACCAGUGUCUGAAAGCCUCACUUUCCACUGGGAUCAUGGUAGACAGCAUGUUAUGUAUAUUAGUAUUCGGUUAGACUCUGCCUGUGUUCAGGUUGGCCUGUCUUUUGUUUUAACUCUAUACCUUUCUCUUCACAUGUUUUUUCCUGCCCAAACUGACUUAGCCCAUGUACUGUGCUCUUAAGUGUCACCGAAAAGACAUUUUUUAUGACUGUGUGGAACUGAAGUGAACUCCAUCUCUCUGAAUGACCCUCUUUCUCUCUGUUUAUACACUGACAUAUUGUGACAUAACGUAAGUACUGUAUUGCCCGCUCUGCGUCAGAUGGGGACGAAUGCCUUUUCACACUGAAAUCAUAUGAAAGUGCUUUUUAAAAUGUCGCCUUUAUUGCACUGAAGCUUUAGAAUCUACCUAACAUAUAUGUUUAUGGACAUGCACCUUUUUGUUGUCAAUGUUUUGUUUUUCACUUAUGUUGCACUUUGUUUACUUUGUUUGUACUCACAACCGGGUUAUAAUCACUACCAUAUUAGAUAAACAACUAGGUCAAUAAUCAUUUGGACAGUGACAAUUUUCAUAAUUUUGCCUCUGUACACCACCACAAUGGAUCUGAAAUAAAGCCAUCAACAUGCGAUUGAAGUGUAGAGUUUCAGCUUUAAUUAACUGGUUAGGAAUUACAGCCAUUUUUAUACA